UCAAGAGCCAGCUCUUUGCAAUUUUUCUCUUUCACUAACUUUAGAAUAAGACCAUUCAUGCGAUUUCAUUCUUUAUGUGCUUAAUUUACUAUCACACAGUUACAAAAUUAGAGAAUGAAAUGUUUUGCAUUUUGAUUGAGUCUAGAAGUUUCCAUGCAAAUGGUUCAUAUUUCUUUUAUUUAAAUAUUUAGCCUAUAGUUUUGAAAAUUUGAUAAGAUUUAAAAUUUUGAAUGAUGAAGAAAAACUUGUAUUGGUUGAAAGAAAUUUCAAACAAUGUGAGGUCAGGUAGAAGGCUUUCACUAGGAGAAUACAAACGAGCAGUGUCAUGGUCUAAGUAUUUAGUAUCUUCUGGAGCUGCCAUAAAGGGAAAUGAAGAAGAAGAUUGGAAUGCUGAUUUGUCUCAGUUAUUUAUUGGAUCCAAGUUUGCUUCUGGGAGACAUAGCAGGAUCUACAGAGGUAUUUAUAAGAAUAUGGAUGUUGCUAUUAAGCUUGUUAGUCAACCUGAGGAGGAUGAGGAAUUGGCUGUUUUGCUUGAGAAACAGUUUACUUCUGAGGUUGCUUUGUUGUUUCGUUUGCGCCAUCCAAAUAUUAUUGCUUUUGUUGGAGCUUGCAAGAAACCACCAGUGUUCUGUAUAAUCGUUGAAUAUUUAUCUGGAGGGUCAUUGAGAAAAUACCUACAACAACAAGGACCACAUUCAGUUCCUCUCACACUGGUUUUGGAAUUAGCCCUUGACAUUGCAAGGGGAAUGCAAUAUCUUCAUUCUAAGGGAAUACUUCAUAGAGAUCUCAAAUCAGAAAAUCUGUUGUUGGAUGAAGAUAUGUGUGUAAAAGUGGCAGAUUUUGGUAUAUCGUGCUUAGAAUCGCAAUGCGGCAGUGCGAAAGGAUUCACCGGGACUUACCGAUGGAUGGCUCCCGAAAUGAUCAAAGAAAAGCGCCAUACAAAGAAAGUAGAUGUUUAUAGUUUUGCCAUAGUUCUAUGGGAGCUAAUAACAGGACUCAUACCAUUUGAGAACAUGACACCAGAACAAGCAGCAUAUGCAGUAACUCACAAGAAUGCAAGACCUCCAUUACCAUCUGAUUGUCCAUUGGCAUUUAGUCAUCUCAUCAAGAGGUGUUGGUCAAGCAAUCCAAAUAAAAGGCCACAUUUUGAUGAGAUAGUCUCAAUUUUGGAGAGAUAUACUGAAUCACUUGAACAGGAUCCAGAAUUUUUCUCUACUUACAAACCAAGUCCAAGUAAUGUACUUGUGAAAUGCUUACCAAAAUGUAAUGCUGGCAAUAAGUCCACAUCUUUCAAAUCUUAGGAUUCUCUUUUCAAUAACCUGACCAUAAUUGUUAUACUAUAAUCCCAAGAAGGGUUAAUAUGGUGCUAUUUGAAUUAACUUCUAGCUUACUAAGCCUUUUUAAUUAUAAGAAAAUUAGAGUUCUUCACA